GUCAGUCAACAAAAAGUGUUUUCUAACUUCAAAGUUUUUUGUUUUUUUUCAAAUGUUGCUUUUUAGAUUAUAUUUCCUCAACAACAACUAAAUCUGUUCCUCCUGAUUAAGUGGCCAAACAUUUCAAUUUAAUUGGAAUCUGCUAAAUAGAUUCAAGGCCUCCUGCUGACAGCCAGAGAAACAGAUCAUUAUGACGACGGUGAAGAGGUGACGUAAUGCGUAUGCUGAUGGUCCAUUCCUCCAGGAGGGGGGGUGUUGCUGUAGGAUCUUGCCGUGCGAGCGUCUACUUCCCAUUGUCAGGCGCGUGGGGCAGUCAGGUGCUGGUGCCUCAGAGGGUGAACGCUGUGCUGGGGAAGAACGUGACGUUGGAGUGCCGGGUGGAAGUGGCUUCCAACCUUACUCUCACUCAGAGCUCCUGGGAGCGCCGGCUGCCGUCGGGCUCCGUCACCGUGGCGGUUUACAACCCGCUCUACGGCAUCUCCAUCCCUCCGGAGUUCCUCCAUCGCCUGUAUUUCCGCUCGCCCUCCUCGCACGACGCCACCAUCGUGUUGGGAAACGUGGGCUACGCUGACGUCGGGAUCUACACCUGUAAGGUGGCCACGUUUCCUCUCGGAAACACUCAAGCCUCCACUACUGUCAAUGUGCUCGUGGAGCCGAAGGUCUACGUGUCCGCAGGUUCGUCCGCUCUGAUCGACGGCGGCAACGACACCGUGGUGGCCACCUGUAUUGCGGAGCGAGCCAGGCCCCCCGCUGAGGUGUCCUGGGAAUCCAACCUUUUUGGACAGUCGGAAGUGCAGCUGUUUGACGAGGCCAACGGCACGACCAGCACGCAAGUGAGCUACUUGUGGCAGCCCACACGUCACAUCCAGGGCCACGCGCUCACCUGUGUCGUCCGCCACCCGGCCCUGCAGAGGGACUUCAGGAUCCCCUAUCAACUCAAUGUGCAGUUUGCUCCUGAUAUCUCUGUUGUGGGCUAUGAUGGAGACUGGUAUGUUGGUCGGGAACAUGUUCAAAUGACAUGUAAAGCCAACGCAAACCCACCGGCUAAUCACUUCAGAUGGAUCAGAUUGGACAGUGAAAUGCAAGAAGGAGUGGAAAUAAUGAACAGCACUUUGCUCUUCCUGCGUCCCCUCCAGCGGAAUGACUCUGGGGUUUACAGGUGUGAGGUUGCCAACGACAUCAACCUCCGCAGUCGGGAUGUGCGCAUUCUCAUACAAGAUCCUCCCACCAUGCCUUCCACCAUUACUGUUCCUGUCCUAACUGGCUCUGCCUCCUCCACCUUAGUCGAUGAUAUGGGGCAUGUCCUUCUCAGCUCCCCCACACUCGAAGCCCUACCUGAGAGUAAUCUUGGUUCCAUAGUGGGUGGGGCUGUGGGCGGGGCCUUGUUUCUGCUGCUGCUGCUGUGUCUGGUUGGCGUGUGUUACCUACGGAAACAGCAAACCUUCCACGGGAACUACUACACCAAACAGUGCCUGGGCCCCAGUGACCUCCAGAAAGCCCCCACGCAGCACGAGCUCCACCCCACUAAAGCUGGAAGCGGCUCCCACCAUCGGGACCACGACCGGGAGGAGUGGGGCGACCGCCAGCUCAAACUUGAGCGUGACCGUCGUCACCAUAGCAACCACAACGGAGAGGAGUAUCCCUCGAAUGGCUACACUAGGGCAAUGAGGGAGAGCGGUCAUCCCAGCAAUCAGCAGAAUCCCCACCCUGAACACACGCAGUAUUCCAGCCCUAGGCAGGCCAGAUGUGCCAGAUACCCUCACUCACCUAAACCACAGAGAAACGGCGCCCCCUGCCUGUCGGAUGACUGCUACGAUAACGGGCCACAGGGCGAUUAUGUCUCUCACACAGACGGGUCGGUCAUCUCGCGUAGGGAGUGGUACGUUUGACGGUCCUGCGGGAGCACGGACGCGACACAAAGCAGGAGGUCUCAGUUCUGUAGUUUCCUGGUCGACACUUGAGACGUAACGUUUGUGUUCUUGAUGUGGACGGAGUGAACAGCCAUCAUCUGAAUGCCUACAGAAGUCUGUGUGUAGAGACUAACUAGAGGUUAUGUAAACGUGUGGCCUAUGCCUUACUACACGGACUGCCAAUGCAUUUACUUGUAUGUCUUUCAGUUGAGUGGAAGCCUUGAGGGCUUGCAGACCAAACUAUGGUUUUCGUCGAAAGAUAAUUUUUUCUUUUUGUUUUUACAUAAAUUCUGCCUUCAUUGGCCAAAUGUCACUUAGUUUAGAUGACCUCCGAAUAUGAAUGGUUGGUAUUCAAGAAUGGGCAGAACUGAUGACUGGAAGUAAUCACAUGAAAUUCAAAGGAUCACCGGGCCUUUUUUCUAAAACUCAGUCGGACACGGUAGGCGAAUUAAAAAGAGAUUCAUCCCAUUGAGAAAUCCGAAUGACUUCAUAACUGAUGACCUCUGCACACAGACAUAUAAUCAUAAGAUGUUGCACUGCCUUUUGCAAAACUAUAUGGACCACCCUAUCAUUUUUCUCUUCUACCUAUUAUGUAACUCUCCAUGGGAGACCUGUGAGCUGGAGGACAUCACUAGGACCACCGAUGUCCUAGUGAGUCCUUUCUAAAGCUGGCGGCGUAGAGUGGGAACCUUAAGAGCGUCUCUGCACCCUCGGGAGAGCCAGUGGGGAUGUCUGCAUGAACGGGGCAGUAACGACGGACUGGAUCUCAGUCGAGCCGUGAGACGCAAAUAUCCUACAAAAUUCUGCACUUUUAGAUAAGCUUGAAUAAUAUGACUUCUGUUUGUGUAAUUUAAUGAUUUGGGGGAGAGUUUCUUGAUUUAGCCUCUAACACAUUCCCCUGUUAUCUACUGGAUGGUAACGGAUGAGUUUGAGAGUUUGCACUCUGGCACCUACCCAGGCUUCUUGGAAAUUCAAGAGUGCUGUCAGCAGGGGUCUUGUUGAAAGCAGGCUACAGUAUGACGGGCACCAUACGCUGGCCUCCCAGUCUCAAAGUAUUUUGUUUCACAAAGAAGUCUUUGACGAGUGUCACCAGUGCACCGGACUAAUUUAAUGUGUUGGAAAAGAGGCAUUAAUAGGCUUAUUGUUGCUCAUCCAUGUGUGCAACGGCACGGUCACCAGCCUGUGUUUUUAUGAAUUACGCAUUUAAUACUACUAGUAUUAUGAAAGUCAAUUACACAUUAAGACUAAUCGGGUCGCUAGUGAGGAAUGUGUGUUAUCAAAGCCACAGCACAGUGCUUUCCCGCCAGAUUGGACAAAAAAUAUGUUGAGUCGUAGUUAUUCGUUGAGAAACUUUAAAUGCACCCUAUCUUUUUAUUUUAAAAAUGGUUUUCCAGCUGGAUUUAUUCAUUUGUAACAAGCCGCAUUUAUUAAUCAAGUCUCUGCCGCGCUGCUGGCAUACAAGAACUGUGCGUGAAGCGAGGACAAAGUGUUUUAGGUCUGUGUCGUUGGGCUAUGAAGGCCCAGCAGUCGGGGGUCAGACUUGCAUGAAGCCAUUAUAGAUUUAAAGAUACGUUUCAGGUUUUGAACUUGAUCAAUUAGACACAGUUUAGUUCAUUUGGCUCAUGCACCUAUUUACAUGCAACAAUUUCUUUCAAACGUACUAGCUUGUGAAUACAGACAACUUUAUGGUCACUUAUACAAUUUAGCUGCCAGAUGCCAAAUAUUUGUUUAACUUUUAUGUAUAAGUAUAAUGAUGACAUAAAACAUAAGUAUUACUGACUAGCUAACAACUGAUCAUGAGCUUAUAUAAAUGACUAACGUAUCACUGUUGUCUACAGGGCCUUGCAGCCUGAAAUAGAAGUGAAAAGAUGCUUUAGGCCACUUACUUAUAAUACAGUAAAAGGUGUCAAAAUGGGGAAGUAGUAAUUUUGUUAUGAACCCUCACUAAUUAUGUGAAUUUCUGUGCGGUGAGUAGGCUGCGAUUCUCAUGGUAACAUUUCAUAACGUGUCACUGCAGCUCAUGCUGUGCAAACUCCUUCCAGAGGCUGUACACCACAACUCAUUUGUGCUCACGGAAAGAAGCUUCUUAUUCUAACAAGUAGCUAAGUUUUCGUUGACUCCAAUUCAUUUAACAUAUUUCCUCACUUACCACUAGUGGUGUCCAAAAGCACUGGCUAUUAUAAAGAACCCUGUCUUGGUACAAUCUGGUGACGAGUUUACAGUGUGGAUCACCCAAGUAACUCCAACAAUGUUUCUGUGAAGUGUCUUUAAUGCUUUUGUUUCACAAGCUCCUCAAACAAACUGUCUACCGUCAUUGUAUUGGUGUGGAGGUCAAAUUCUGAGAAUAUCAUUAACCGUCUGCAUUAUUAGAAAUUGUUACUGACUGUUUUAAUGGGGGUGGCCCUAAUGAUGUGUAGAGUUGGCAAUGUGGGAACCACAAAACCUAAUUUUAGACAGUUGAAUUAAAUGUAAUGUUUUGGGGGCGGCUGUGCUGCUAGGGGGCCGAUUAUGUUUCAUUUUCUCCUGCCUUCCUGGUCACUAUUGCAUAAAUGCAGCAAAUAACCGGAAGCUGAACAUCGUAACGCCUUCUGGUGUUUGCUUCUAUGCACUAAGAAGGAAAUUCCACUAUUCCAUAUACUAUUUUUGCUUGGGAUGUCAAGUUGUCAGUCCCCCACUGGAUAAAUUCAUUUCUUCUACUACUCACACAUGUAUUUGUAUAAAGAUCAGACAUCAAUAUCUUUAUACCUUGUUAAAUGUCCUUCACUUUGGGUUGAGAACUGCAACUAGUGCCUUAGAUACGUAGAAGAAACAUGUGGUCUCUUAUCAUCGUUUACUAAUGGAUUUAAGAACUGGUUUGGUUGCUCUGUGAGAUUUAUUUGUUGCCUGUUUGUUUUUUUUCUGCUUGUGUGUCAGGAGGACUCCGUAGUGCCGUAUUCACUUUUCUGCCCCAGUCACCGUGACCAUUAAUGCCGUAGUAUAUUUGUGAACAUGGAGGUAUUACACCCAAAACGACAGAGCUGGAAUGCAUUUUUCAUGUAAAAUGAGUGGGAGCAUCUUGAGUUUUCUAUCAGGGCUUUUGGUUUUCUGUAGGGGGAACAAUUAACUUCAGUCUCACAUGUAAAAAAAACCUUGUUGUCAUGUUGUUGUUGUUUUUUUGUAUAUACAGAAGAAAAUCUCAAUAUUUGUCAGCGACAACAGUGCAGCAUUAUUUUGUCAAUCUUUUUGAGAUCUUUUUAGUUCAAUAAAGCACCUUAGCACCUGUG